CAGAGAAGUUCCGGCUUCUUUCCUGCCACCAUCAUCACACCACGGCGCCACGAAAUUUCUUGCAUAUAUCUAGUCAUCUCCCUCCUCCAGCUCCUUGUCACGACCAACUGCCAUUCAAUCGUUUUGCCAUAGAUUUAUCUGUCAUGACCGUGGAUGAACCACAAUUUCUGCGUGUUGUGUCAUCUUGUUUACCUGGGGACUUAUCCCAAAAACUGAAAACUCUCUCGAAAUCUUCUCCCGAGGCAGAGACUAUCCUCGAUGAUGUGAUACGGUUCGUCAGUGGUGCAGAAUCCGGAGCAGGCGGGUCUGACGGGGGCUGGCAUGAGAAACAGGCAGCAGUGAAGAAAGGCCUUGAUGAACUGCUCCAUCCUGCUGAUCUCAAACGUCGACGUGACGCAGAGGGCGAUAUCCCGCAGACUUCAAAACGACCCAAGCUAGACCAUGACGAUGCUUCUGAUGGAUCCCAUCGGUUCACCCUUCAUUCUGUAUCUACGACAUCACCCAUACGCAAGAAAGUUGACAUUGUCGUCCAUGAUUCUAUCAUCAAAUUUGUUGUUCCAGCAUCUCAGGCUGUGGAAGCCGUUGUCCCAGUUUCACAGCUUAGUCGCGCCUUUAUUCUCCCAACGCGCGGAAAGACAAAACCUCACUGGACAGUGGUUGUAAUAUCUACGAAUACCACUGCAAAAGGAGCGUCUUCCCCACAAAUCAUAUUUGGUCUUGAUGCCUCCGCUCCAAGCCCCUUGUCGACGAUAGAUUCUUCCGCGGUGAAGAAGAUAGUAAACAAGGGGGAUCCGACACUGCCAGCCAUCAAAGAGCUUCUUUCUCAUUUACAAGUGCCCAUCUUGCAGCCUAGCACUGAGGUCUUCAAGAGUGCUUGUACAAGUAAAGGCUCUGACGGCUGUCCGGGGAUCGAAGCUUAUUUGGGGGCGAAAGUCGGCAGUCUGUGGUUCAUGAAGGAGGGUAUACUGUGGGGCGAAUCAAAACCUUGCGAGUUUUGGCCUGUCGAGGACUUGAUGGGAAAACCCGACGGCCUGAGGAUGAUUAGUGCCACGGGAAGGACAUGUACCUUGAUUCUCACCCGCCGGAGUGAAGGGGACCCCGGAGAAGAAGAGGAAGACGGUGGUGAAGAAACAUCUUUCAGCUUGAUUGAUGGUAAAGAGCAAGAUGGCAUCAACCAGUGGGUGAAGCGGUUCCAGGGUGCGUUUGGGAAGAAGAAAGGUGAAGAGAAAAGACCAGCACCACUGCCUGCGACCGGGAAGAUGACAAUAAUGCAGAUAGGGGACGAGUCAGAUGAGGAAGAUGAAGAUUUCAAGGAUGACUCUGACGAACAGGAAGAAGAAGCGACAUCUGAUUCUAGUGACGAAGAAAACGGAGGUGGCGGUGAUUCGGGAAGUGAGGGAGAUGCUGAAGGAUCAGACGAUGAAGAUGCUAGCGGCGAUGAAGACGAAGAAGUGCUAAAAGAAGAAAAUCAUCCACUGCUCCGGCCUGGCGCUAUGCCCCGUAUGUCGCGCGCCGCCAUUGAAAUGGUGGUUGAUAUGGUCGAAGGAGACAUGCUCAGUAGUGACGAAGACGAAGAAGACGAGCUUGAUGAUUGAAAGGUGUCGGUAUCAAUUGUGUACUUGAUUUUUAUGUUCAGCGCUCUCAUCGUCCCUGCAUUAUAGAGAAUGCCAUCCUUAUCACUCGGUAAUGCAUACUGAAUUGGGGUAUUGCACACGCUGCAUAUUAACUUUGGCUUGAAGCGGUCAUUGUGAUUUGCUUGUGACUUGACCUACAAAUUCGUGAGACCGUAGUCAUCGUACUGUGUGACCCUCUUUUUGGGGGGAGCGCCCU